AUGGGGUCUGCGAGCACUGGGUUGGUGGGGACGGUUAUUAAACCCGUGGUUAUAUUGGUUAUAAUGGGGUCUGCAAGCACUGGGCUAGUGGAGUUAGGGAAGGACCAUCGAUCGGUGAAGCUGAGCAAGGCUGGAGUUCCGCUGCUGAAACCCGAUCUGAAAUCCAGAGGGACAACUGGGAACAACCUGGUCACUCAGAUCCUCAGCUUGCCCGGCCAGAUUAUUGGCUAUUUAAUGGCCCACUCGUUUGGUCGACGGAUGCUAUACCCCGGCUCGGUUUCAUUGCUCCAGAAAGCCAUCAUGCCGAUGCUGCUACAGGGACAGGCGCGUCUGAUGGAGGAGUACCAAGGGAAGCGAGCUAAGCUGCUCGCCUGUGACGGAAACCAGAUCGAUACAGUGUUUGUGGACCGGAGGGCGUCGGAGACCGAGCGUGGGAAAAAGCUGGUGGUCUGCUGUGAAGGGAACGCUGGUUUCUAUGAGGUUGGCUGUGUCAGCACCCCAAUGGAAGCGGGAUACUCGGUCCUCGGAUGGAACCACCCUGGGUUUGCGGGAAGCACG